AGCAAUCAUGGCGGACGAAAACCUCAAUCCGGCGGACCCUCCAUGUCUGCACUUGCUCUCAGCUUUCCUCGCCAUCGAGCCCACGGACUCCCUCAUCGCACUCGCUCGGGUUUGUGGUGAAGGAUCGGUUACAGAGAGAGUACAGAGAUUCAUUUGGAGCCACUGCAUAAGCGAAAGUGAUGGGAAAAUUCACGCGCCUUAUUUGAAGAGCUUUCUGAAGAAGCUUAUAACUGAAGCUGAGCUCAAUGAUUGCCCUGUUUUGGACGAAAUUUAUGAACUUUAUGCUCAUUACAUGACUCAAUUGAAGGAUGGUGUUGCGGGCAAAGAAACUGCAAGGAUCAACAAAUGCAUUUCAUUUAUUUUUCCCAAUGAAUGUUUACAACUUUCAAGUUGUCCCAAGUCAAGGAAACUGCUGAUUCCGCUCCAAUGUUCUCUUAACAUGCUCGAAGGAGAUACGGGGUGUUCGGUUUGGCCAUCAAGUCUAUAUUUGUCAGAGUGCAUACUUGCCUUUCCGGAAUUAUUUUCUAAUAGAUCAUGUUUUGAGGUUGGUUCGGGAGUGGGUUUGGUUGGAAUUUGUCUUGCACAUGUGAAAGCCUCGGAGGUGAUAUUAAGUGAUGGUGACAUGUCAACUUUAGCAAACAUGAAAGUUAAUUUAGAAGCGAGCCACCUGAGCAUUGGAACUGAUGUGCAGAAAACAAUUGAAGACCCAAAAAGGGUAAAGUGUAUAUAUCUUCCAUGGGAAUCCGCAGGAGAGGAACAACUUCGAGGCUUUAAGCCAGAUAUUAUUAUGGGCGCCGACGUUAUAUAUGACCCAGUAUGUCUCCCACAUCUUGUUCGAGUACUUGGCAGUCUUCUAAACCAGACAAAACCUUGUUCCGAGAAGCAGAACGAGAACCGCCACGUCUCUUUGCCGGAAAGCACUUGUGCCACCAGGGACAUCUUCAACGUCGCUAAACAAGGAAAUGAAGAUAGCAGCAACGGAUUUGAAGCUUUUCUGGGCAAAACGGAAACAAAUGGUGCUUCCAGCGUAGCCGUAGUAGUGUCAAGGAAAGGCCCAUUGGCUCUUAUUGCUUCUGUUAUUCGCAACGUUGACACAUUCAAUUACUUUCUUAGUUUGAUAGACAAAGCUAGCCUUACCAUCACAGAUUUAACUGAGACACUAAAGCCUAUGAACCUGCUUCCUUACAUGCACUCAUAUAAAAGAUCCGAAAUUCGACUAUUUAUUGUGUCAUGUAAACACUCGAGCUAGGCUAGCCUUGUGGAGGUGAUUCAUUCAUGGUCUCCUCCGAGAUCACUCAGUACCAGCCUUACGUACUCGUUUGCCCAGAGGGAUGAUAUGGAAGUGCUCGAUGAACCCCUCUACGCGAAUUUUCUUCGGGUGACAGGUUUUGAUAGACCCUAUAGGGAGGAACUACUAUCAACAAUGGAACCUGAUGGAAAUAAGGUUUUAGAUACGGUUAUUUCUGGUCCAGGAAAGAAGAAGUACAGGUUCUGUAAGCAUAUGGCAAAGCAAUGGGUGCCUGGCUUGUCCAGUGAUUUACUUAAAAAAGGAAAGCACUUCAUACUAAUACGCAAUCCACUGGAUAUUUUGCCAUCCUUUCACAAGGUGGUGCCACCGUCCUUCCUCGAGUUGGGUUUUGCAGACCUGGUUGGAAUAUAUAAUGAGCUCGUAGCAUUGGGAAAGCCUCCACCUAUCAUUGAUGCUGCAGAACUUGGACAAAAUCCUGAGGCUACGUUACGCGGUCUUUGUGAAGAUCUGGAUAUUCCUUUUCAAGCCUCAAUGCUCAAAUGGGAAGCUGGUCCGAAACCAAUAGAUGGAAUUUGGGCUCCCUGGUGGUACAAAAGUGUACACAAAUCGACUGGCUUUGAACCACCAAGAAAGUACCCCAUGCCAUUUCCACUUUCUCUGUACGAUGUACUGGAGCAAAGUCUACCUCUGUACAAUUUUCUUUGGCGCCAUGUAAGGCAUACAUCGCACCUCUUGAAAUCCCCCUUGCCUACUCCUGAUCUUCCAGUUCCUGCCAACGCAAAGCUGCUUGCAUGGGUUGGUGAUGAGAUUCUUCCACGAGACAGUGCAAAGGUUUCUGUGUUCGACUCUGUUGUCCAAGGAGGUGAUUCAGUUUGGGAAGGACUCCGAAUUUACAAUGGAAAGAUAUUUAAGCUUGAAGAGCAUUUGGAUAGGUUGUUUGACUCGGCAAAGGCUUUGGCUUUCGAAAAUGUGCCCACUCGUGAAGAGGUUAAAGAAGCUAUCUUCAGAACUCUUAUUCGGAAUGGAAUGUUUGAUAAUACACACAUCCGGUUAAGUCUUACUCGUGGCAAGAAGGUUACUUCUGGCAUGAGUCCUGCAUUCAAUCUCUAUGGUUGCACGUUAAUAGUGCUUCCUGAGUGGAAACCCCCUGUGUAUGAUAAUACAAGUGGUAUAACUCUGGUUACAGCUACUACUCGCCGUAAUUCACCAAAUAAUUUGGAUUCAAAGAUUCACCACAACAACCUCCUCAACAAUAUACUUGCAAAGAUAGAAGGCAAUAACGCAAAUGCUGGCGAUGCAAUUAUGCUUGACAAGGAUGGCUACGUCUCAGAAACAAAUGCAACAAAUAUUUUUUUAGUAAAGAAAGGACGUGUAUUGACACCGCAUGCUGAUUACUGUCUUCCUGGCAUCACGCGAGCUACUGUUAUGGACCUUGUGGUCAAGGAGAAGUUCGUCUUAGAGGAGCGUAAUAUCAGCCUUUCAGAGUUCCAUACUGCAGAUGAGGUGUGGACUACGGGGACUAUGGGAGAACUCACUCCUGUUACGAAAAUCGAUGGGCGUGUAAUCGGAGAUGGAAAAGUAGGGCCUGUGACUCGACAGUUGCAAGCAGCUUACAAAAAGCUGACAGAAAGUUCAGGGGUGCCCAUACCAACAUAUUAAGAGACUUAAAAUCAUGAUUGCUCGAAAAGGUCUCUUUCACUUGCUUUGGGGCUAGCGGUGAAGAUGUGAGACCUUGCGUACAGACAAGUGAAUAAAGGAGCAGUCAUCCAUUUGGAAGCUUUAUUAUAUUUUUCUUUCCAUCUGCGUUUGUCUUCCGUAAACGACUCAAAAAUCAAAUAAAAUCUGAUUUAGGGCAUGUUUCAUUACGUGCUGCAAUAAAAAUAAGAUUUUCCUUUCAGCAUUAUCCAAGCCUGCUGCGGUUUCUUGUGCA